GUGUAGCACAUAACAACACAAGUAGGAUUACUGUGCGAACGUAUUAUUAUUUUGAUGUUAGUUUUUGGGGUCAAACUUCUCCCCCAGCAGCGUGUUUACUUUCACUUUUAAUCAGCCCGCCUCUUUUGUCUUCACUUCCUGGCAUAUGACUGAAGUCAACUAAAUUGGUGCGGAAGUCUUUUUUUCCAACUUCACGCCGAUCGUUGUGUUGUUGUCACGUCAUUUGCAGAAUUCUGGACUUUUACGACCAACUCCGGGUUUCGGUGAGAAAAUUGUGGUAAAAAGUCGCCUCUUACCGGAGAUCAGCUGAGCUUGCGCCGUCAUGCAGCUGCCUUCGACCUCCCUCAGAGACUGGCCUCAAGACACCCGUGGACACACCCCUCCAACUAUCAGGACACUGAUGGGCGCCGUGGAUUAUCAGAGGGACACCUUGGAGAGGAUAUUCCGGGUGUCGUUAGUCAUCGACACCCACGACCUGCCGCAAUUCUCGCCCGGGUCUAUGUUUUUGCAGCUACAGGGGGAGAUCGGUGAUGUUAACGCUGCAAAGUUAUUUUUGAGAGGACUUAUCAACCAGGAGGAGCAGCAAGAGUUGUCCUAUCCUGUAGUGCUGAACUGCAUCUUCUGCGGGGCCAGUGGCCUCUUUUUAGACUGCAUCAUUAAGAGCACCUCAGCACACAUUGUGGUGGGCUCCCCAGGCUCCCUGCUCAUAUCCGGUCUUGCUGUUCCUGUGGUCCAAGCGUACUCAGUCAUUACAGACUUGAUUGAGAGAUAUAAUGGCAUGCAGGUCGGACGCUUGGAGACUGAAGACAAGACUUCAGAUGAGUUGUGUGUUUCCCGUCAUGUCUUUAAGGCUCUGGUGGAAAAAUAUGAGGACCGACAUAUCCUAGAUCUCCUGGUGCUGCCUGGGUCUGUAAAGGAAGCCCUACUGGACUUAGUGAACGAGACAGGACUUGGGGCAAAUAAGAUGCUAGAUGUUCAAGCUGAAUGUUCAGCAUUGCAUGAGGUCGGCCUUCCUGGGGUGACUUCUUGUGCUCUAAGUGCUUCUAAGAAAAACCAAGUUGAAAGUCCAGAAAAGGUGGAAGAACUCUUGCAGGGGGAACAGAUGAAAACAUCAGGGAGUGGGGACAAGGAGAGUGUGCAGAUGCCACCAGAGGCAAACAAGGAUUUCAUGCUUAUGUUGAAGUUCUUCACAGCCAUGGGUUUCAAGGAAGAAAUAGUGAAACGAGUCCUGAGCCAAGUAGGGCCCACAGAGGCCGUUGAAAUACUGGACCUGGUUCAGCAAGAGCAUGAUUGUGCUGACUUUGAUAGUCAGAGCCAAAAUAACUCGCCUUGUGAGACGGAAGAUGAGACAGCAGGAGGUGAAGGACGCAGAAAUGUGUCAAAAGAAGUCUGUGAUCAUCAGAAAGAUGGGGACUUUGUGUCAGAGGUAGUCAAGAAAGCCGCUGUGAAUUGUGGCAACAAGGAGCAUGAGGUGACCCAGGUUUACAACGAGUUACCCAACGGAUCCACCGACCAGAUCCUCCUGAAGCUGCAGAAGGAGGGUGGCAGCAAGAAGAAAACAUCCAGGAAGGUAGAAACAGGUCUAGACAUCUCAGUAAAGGAUGAUAAUGAGAAAGCUGCAAUGACAAAGCGUGAUGGGCCCGUGCAAAAUGAGGACGAAAAUGUUUCACAAAAAGAAAAACUAACCGGAUAUCCUGAUUGGUUCUGUUCUGAGAAAGUCACACCACACCUCGAUUCUGUCAAAAGACCGCCUAUGCCAAUGUAUGCCACGUCUUCUGAUCUCCCUCUCCAAAAUGUCAAAGGACAAAAGUCCCCAAAAUGCUUAAAGAAAUCAUCCCCCGCUGAGCGAUGUUUUGAAAGAUUAAAGGAACGCCGCGGUUUGGCCUCUGCUUCCACAGUGGUGGUGACAGGGGAGCAGCGUUUCCUUGAGGGUCUGCAGACACCCUUUGGCCUCCAGCUAUUUGACAAGCCAGGGAAUCCCAAGCUAAGGACUAUUGUCAUAGAUGGGAGUAACGUGGCCAUGAGUCACGGGCUGGGACAAUUCUUCUCAUGUCGAGGUAUUGCUCUGGCUGUUCAGCACUUUUGGGACCGUGGUCAUCGUCACAUUAGCGCCUUGGUGCCCCAGUGGAGGCAAAAGAAUGACUCUCGCAUUACAGAGCAGCACUAUCUGAGUGAGAUGCAUAAACUUGGCCUUCUGUCUUACACUCCUUCCAGGGUGUUCAGGGGGAAGAGGAUUUGCUCGUAUGACGACAGACAAAUGCUGCAACUUGCACAAAAGACUGAUGGAGUGAUCGUGACUAAUGACAAUCUUAGGGACCUCUUGGAUGAGUCGGUUGUGUGGAGGGACAUCAUCAAAAAGAGACUGCUCCAGUACACGUUUGUUGGCGAUCACUUUAUGGUUCCAGAUGACCCACUUGGAAAAGGAGGGCCUCAUUUGGAUGACUUCCUCUCUGCAGAGCACAGGACACCCGAUGCUGGAAACAACUCAUUUGCUGUUGUCGCCACCAAUGCCCCCCACUUGAAUCCUCCAUGCUCACAAACCACAGUCUUUGACAUCCGAGACCGAACAGCGGGCAGAAUAAUGGGUGCAGCUGGUGGAGAGAGCCAGGGCGGGGUGGCAUGGGAAGUGGAGCCACACCACAGAACACCAGAGUACACGGCGAGCUUGAGGGAGCAACUCUCUCAAGUCUUUACGGAUCAGAGCGACAUUGUAACGCUGGUGCUGAAUCUUUGCCCAGCAGAGACUGACAUUAAUGUGCUUUCAGAGUUUCUUUUAGAACUUUAGGAAGACUAUCAAUGUUUAUUUUUUGUGCCUGAUUUUAUCAGACUUAUUUUGAACAAAGCCACAUUCCCUAUGCAGACCUGCUGUUCACCAUGAUGUGCACCAAAGCUUGCAACGGGUGUUCAUUUAUGUCACUCACAAAGAAUAACUUCUUUCAAAAGGACAAUCCUGUUGUUCCCCUUUGUUCCUGUAAAAAAAAAGAGAGGCGUUUUUUUUUUCAUUUCCAGCUAUGUAAUUAAGCUAAUAUCAACAAUAUUUGUCUGACUUAUUUUCUAAGACGGACACUUUGUGGAAUAUCAUGGAAAAGGUUCAAAGAAGACGAUCAGCAGUGUUAAUCACACCAUGUUGUACUUUACAGAAAAGCAUCAACUUGCUCCAUCUGACCGGUUGGGUGACUUUUGUAUGGCACUGCAGUUAUUUAAAGGACAUCCUCUGACAGAAUUGUUGAUUCUUUUAAAUACUAAACUAUGCUUCAAGGUCUACUUUUAAAUUUGUACAGUUUAUUGAUUAUUAAAUAUAUAUGUUUAUACAGUA